AAUCGAGCUCCGAACUCUUUGGGCCGAUAAUCCUGCGAGUUUCCGUGGGCGCGCGCGCGAUACGCUUACCGAUCGCUUCUUUGUUUUGUUUUGUUUUGUUUUGUUUUUAGUUGUUUAUUUUUACAGUACUACGUACUGAGUUGAUGUUAAAGCAGUCCAGUUGAACAACGAGUCGCUGCCAAGUUCGCAGAAGAGAGACGUUCAUUUAGAGGCAAAAAGGAUCUCAAAUGUCAAAACAAAAAAGAUGGAAGAGCUGCGUGUCGGAGAAUCUGCUGAUGAUGAUGACGGUCGGUGGCGUCCUCGCAGGAGUGGUUCUCGGUUUUGCACUCAAAAACGGCAAAGACUGGUCCAAGCGAGAGAUCAUGUACAUACAAUUUCCAGGCGAUCUCUUUCUGCGGAUGCUGAAAUCGCUUAUACUGCCACUGAUUCUUUCAAGCAUUGUCAGUGCCAUCGGCAGUCUCGAUCUUAGUCUUUCCGGUAGAAUCGGCAGAAGGUCAAUAUACUAUUACGCGACAACAACAGUUUGUGCUGUAAUUCUUGGCAUGAUUCUCGUAACGACGAUAAGACCCGGUCUGCACGGCCAUGGCUUGGAAGCCGAUGCCAGUAAAGCACCCAAACGCAGUAUUACCACUAUCGACACACUUUUAGAUCUAGUCAGAAAUAUUUUUCCACCGAAUCUUGUGCAAGCUUGCAUAGCACAAUAUCGAACUGAACUGACACCACCAGCUAACGCAACGAAUGAAACUUCAAAAUACGACUAUGACAUAUCAUCCUCAUACGGGGAUGGCACAAACACACUUGGGCUCGUCGUCUUUGGUAUUAUCUUGGGUAUCACCGUUGGCAAAAUGGGCGAACAAGGCAAGCCCUUGUUGGACUUUUUCAAUGCUCUAUCCGAAGCUAUGAUGAUCAUCACGAACUGGGUUAUUUGGUUGUCUCCCGUGGGUGUGACGUUCCUCGUAGCUGCUCAAAUCCUCGAUAUAAAAGAAUUUGGAAGCGUCGUGCAGUCGCUAGGCUUGUACUUCUUGACUGUACUGCUUGGGCUGAUAUUACACGGCUUCGGAACCCUUUCCAUCAUAUUUUUCGUCUGCACGCGUGAAUUGCCAUUCAGAGCCAUCGGUAAGAUGAGCCAAGUCAUGGUCACCGCUUUCGGAACAGCGUCAAGCUCUGCAACGCUACCCAUAACACUCCAGUGCAUGGACAGCAUGGGCGUGGAUUCGAGGAUAUCGCGCUUCGUGGUGCCGAUUGGAGCGACGAUCAACAUGGAUGGGACGGCUCUUUACGAGGCGGUAGCAGCAAUUUUUAUAGCCCAAGUGCGACACAUUGAUUUGAGCAUAAGUGACCUCAUUGGGAUCAGCAUAACUGCCACGGCGGCGAGUAUUGGUGCUGCUGGAAUACCCCAGGCUGGGCUCGUUACCAUGGUCAUGGUGCUCAAUACCGUUGGUCUACCCGACAAAGACGUCACCCUUAUUCUUGCGGUCGAUUGGCUUUUGGAUCGAUUUAGAACGACGGUGAAUGUUAUGUGUGACGCUUUGGCAGCUAUAAUCGUCGAAAAGAUGAGCAAAGGUGAACUCGACAACGCCGACGCCGUGGAGGGACUACAAGAAGCAACAGAACUCGCUCAUUUGAGAAAAGUAGACGAUUGAAUGUUUUUAUUGAUUUUCCAAACUUAAACACUUAUUUUUAUCGGUACGAAAUUUUAUAUCAUUGCAGUCGAUUUGUAAACGGGUGAGCCAUUUUUUAAUACUUAAGUAUAGAGGACAAGCUUUAAAAAAUAAUUCACUGUUACCAAUAUUGUACUCAUUAAUAUUGUUAGGCUCAAAAAAUACGAUUGUACAAUAAAAUCAUCAAUAUGUAAGCUAAGACUGCAGAAUGUACCCGCGAAAUCUCUUUCAAAUCUACUGACAAAAUUGCAUUGUUAAAAUGCAAUACUGUUGAGCCUUUUGAACUCAUACAUGUUUAUAUAUUUUUAUGUAUGCAUGCGUGUGUGAAUUAAAAAAAAAAAAAAAAAAAAAAA